AUGACACUGAAGGCCAAGGAAGGUGAUGAGAUCUUCUCAUCACAGGAUGGAUAUGCCAACGAUGGGUUCGGCGAUAUGAGUGAUCGUGAGAAGCAGAUCUACCAGGGUGGCGUGCAGAAGUUCAACCAGCUGGGCUGGAAGCAGCUGACAAUCGUCCUGAUCGUCGAGGCUGUCGCCCUGGGAACUCUCUCGAUCCCCUCCACAUUCGCGACUUUGGGCAUGGUGGCCGGUGUGAUCUGCUGUAUUGGUAUCGGUCUUAUUGCCGUCUAUACUAGUUACAUCAUCGGCCAGGUCAAGGUCAAAUUCCCGCAUAUUUCGAAUUACCCCGAUGCUGGACGACUGAUGUUUGGCCGAAUUGGCUAUGAAGUUAUCUACCUGAUGCUGUGUUUGGAGCUACUCUUGUCUGCGGGUUCGCACUGUCUGACUGGAACUAUCGCCUUCGUCAACAUUACCAACAGUGGAAUCUGUACUCUGGUGUUUGGCGUCGUUUCAAUGAUUAUCUUGCUUAUUUUCGCCAUCCCGCCCAGUUUCUCAGAGAUGGCUAUUCUUGGAUAUAUCGACUUUGUUUCGAUUAUUAUCGCUGUCGGAAUCACCAUUAUUGGAACCGGUAUCUCAUCCAACAACUCCGUCGGUCUUACCCACGUCGACUGGUCCGCCUGGCCUAAGGAAGGCCUGACCUUCUCCGAGGCAUUCAUUGCUCUCUCCAACAUCAUUUUCGCAUACAGCUUUGCCCUCUGCCAAUUCUCCUUCAUGGACGAGAUGCACCCCCACCGAUUUCCCCAAAUCUUCAUCUACACCGUCACCGGAGCUCUAGUCUACGCCUUCGUCGGCCAGGAUGUUCAGAGCCCUGCCCUCCUCUCCGCUGGCCCUCUGCUCAGCCGCAUCGCAUUCGGUGUCGCCUUGCCAGUUAUUUUCAUUAGUGGAUCUAUUAACACCGUCGUUCUGGGCCGUCUGAUCCACGGCCGUAUCUUCAAGAACUCCAACAUCCGCUUCAUCAAUACCAAGAUGGGAUGGAUCACAUGGCUCGUCGUGGUGGCUGUUCUGACCGUUCUGGAAUUUGUCGUCGCGGAGGUGAUCCCCUUCUUCGACGAUCUUCUGUCGGUGAUUUCGUCACUCUUCGUCUCCGGCUUCACUUUCUACUUCCCCGCCAUCAUGUGGUUUAUGUUCAUUCGCCAGGGCAGCUGGACUGACCCGAAAAACAUCGCAUUUGCACUGUUCAAUGCUCUCAUUUUUGCUGUUGGCUUGAUCGUUUUGGUUGGUGGUACUUACUCUAGUGUUGUUGAUAUCAUCAACUCUUACGCUGAUGGUACCGUUGGCGGUGUUUUCUCUUGCAAGUCUACCUAG